AUAAUGAAAAAUAAUAUUUUAUUAUGAAGGUCGGGUGGUAAGUGGAGAGAGUCGGCCCUGAGCCAUGGUGCGCAGUUGUGAUGCGCGAAAGUACUUCAGCGUCGGGAGUCAGUCAACUCGGUGACGUUCUACAGUGAAUGUCGUAUGGUGAAUUUGUUAUGCCGGUAUUUACGAAACUGAAACGAAGUGAUAAAUUUACGCACACAUAUAUAUUUUCAAGAGUGAAUCGUGUAAUCAUAAUAAUAGUUUAACUGUUAAACGUAACAAAUAGGCUUAGUUGAGAAGAAAAAGAUACGAGUUGCAUUGGGGCGUCUCUUGCAAACUAGAGCAGCGAACAAUGUAAAGUCGAUAUUUUUACAAUUUUUACAAAUGUGAUGCAUGUGCAAUCCAUAGGCGAAGGAUAAUCAAUCAAGAGAAGAGAUUAAAUUGAUCAAAAUGAUUUGUACAAAUGAAUAUGAUGAUUUGAUUUGAGAAUGUAUCCAUAUAAUGGUUCAUAAUCGUGACGAAUGAGUCGUGAAAGCAUUAUCGAAAUAAAAUUUCUACUUUUCUCCGCGAACGAAUAGUGAAUAAGCAUACGUUGUCAUUUUCGUUCCGUUAUUAUUACAAAAAACUUGAAAGAGAAAUAUUAGCGAAGAAUAGACAGAUAUAAUAUUAUACUAGGCGUGGAACGAAAGGUAUGUUGAAAAAAAAAAUUAUAAGAAGAAGGCGUAGCGCAAACGAUUGAAAGAAUUAGGAAAGAAAAAAAUAGGAUUGAAAUAAGGAAGAGAGAGAAAGAGGAGAGCCAGGAUCGGUUGGAAGAGAGUCGGACGGUCGAGGUCGUCGGUGAAGUAGAAGGCGCGAAGCGCGCGCGCGACGAGUUUCUCGUCGUGACGAGUCGUGAGGAUGGAGGACGAGUUACGAUGCCCUUGUUGUAAAGAAUUGUUCGUUGAACCGGUGCUAUUACCAUGCUGGCAUGCCCUUUGCCUUGCAUGCGCGGUUAAUCUGCAAGCACCACCGGAUUCACCUCCAGAAUCGACGACUGACUCGUCGAAUGCACCGGGAUCUGAUCAGGAAGCGGAUAAACUUUCGAUUCUUUCCGAAACGGAUUCUGGUGUAGUGUGCAGCAGCACAUCAACUAGCUCGCGACCAGGAAGCUAUGUCGGCACACCCGGAAACGGAGGUUUUCCACCAUCAGGCGGCACUUUAUGCCUCUCCUGUCCUGUUUGUCAGAAGACUGUUUAUUUUGACGAAGGAGGAGCUCACAAUUUACCCAAGUACAGGGCGAUGCAACAUAUCGUAGAAAAAUAUCAAGAAUCGAGAAACACGAGACUGCAAUGUCAAAUGUGUGAAGCCGAACCCCGGGACGCUACCGUCGCCUGCGAACAGUGCGAGGUUCUGUAUUGCGACGCGUGCAGAGAAUCGUGUCAUCCAAAGAGGGGACCUUUGGCGACGCAUAACUUGGGCCCGCCUCGAGGCAGCUGGCAAUCGAAUGGAGGAGGUAGAGGUGCUCGCGGUUCGAACGCGGAAACUACGCCUCUCUGUGCCGAUCAUAACGGCGAACCGUUGACCCUUUACUGCGCUCUUUGCAAGAUCGCGAUAUGCGCUCUUUGUCUUCGAGAUCGCCAUGCAGCUCAUCCGCACGACGUGCUCCCAUUGGCAGCGGCUUGCAAAGCUCAAAAGACGGAGCUCUCGCAAAAUUUGCAACAACUGUCGGAAAGAGCUCGGUCGACCACGGAAUUCAUUCAGAGGUUGAAAGGGAUGACUGACAAAGUGCACGAGGAGUGCGUCGCCCUGGAGGAGGAGGUGGAGGACAGGGUGGCGAACUUGGUGAGCGUUUUGCAGGCGAGGAAGUGCAGGCUGAUCGAGGCAGCCAGGCAGACCAGGGAGGCGAGGGUGCGCUCGUUGAGGGACCAAGUGGCGAGAUGCGCGUCCCACCUGCAGGCGACCACCGCUCUCCUCACCUUCUGCAUCGAGGCGCUGAAGGAGAACGACAGCGCGGCCUUCCUCCAGAUCGGCGGCAUGCUCUCGGUCCGCGCGGCCACCGCCGCCGGCUCUUGGGGCGGCGCCGAGGGGGUGCAAGAAAUUGCCCGCCUCCCGUUGCUCGAUCUCACCCUGGACGACAAACCGUUGCGACGCGCUAUCGAUCAACUUACCUUUGUUCAGUUGAAACCGUCGGAAGGAGAGGAGCGAUUCCCGAUCGCAGCCCCUGGAGCGCCGAUAUUGAUACCGGAAGAGUGCAGCGCGGAGAACAACAGCGUGACAGUCGCCUGGCAACCACCACCUGGUCACGGAAUUGUUGGGUGUGCCGGUCAAAGGGGGCCCGCCAUCGAGGGAUACUUGUUGGAAUUGGACGAUGGAUGCGGCGGUGAAUUCAGGGAGGUGUACUGCGGUCGGGAGACGAUCUGCACCGUGGACGGAUUGCAUUUCAACUCUCUGUACAACGCCAGGGUGAGGGCGUUCAACAGCGCCGGGGAAGGAGAGUAUUCCGAGUUGAUCGGCCUCCAGACAGCCGAGGUGGCGUGGUUCUCGUGGGCGACCGGGGCAUCCGGCAUACCGCAGGAGGUGUCAAUUUCCGAGGACGCGAUGAGCGCAUCCUGCGAGGGUUACGAGCACCGAGUUGUCCUUUCCAGCGUUGGAUUUUCGCGGGGCGUUCAUUAUUGGGAAUUAACGAUCGAUCGUUAUCACGCGGACACCGAUCCCGCCUUCGGCAUAGCAAGGGCCGAGGUGUCGCGGGAUCGAAUGCUCGGCAAGGACGACAAGGGUUGGAGCAUGUACAUAGAUCGGCAGCGUUCUUGGUUCAUGCACGGUGGCGGCCACGCGCAGAGGACCGAAGGCGGGGUGCAGCAGGGCUCGACGGUGGGCGUGCUCCUCGACCUGGACACCACCCACACCCUGCGCUUCUUCGUCAACGACCAGCCCCAGGGAGGGAUCGCGUUCCGCGACCUCUACGGCGUGUUCUACCCGGCGGUGAGCCUGAACCGCGGGGUCACCGUCACCUUGCACACAGCGUUGGACGUGCCCCGACACUUGUUGGCGUUGCACGAGGAGUACAUGACGGACACGGUGCAGAGCUAGGGGUACCUAAUCGUCCUGAAGAAGGGCCUUUUGCAGGAGGCCGGCCCGCCCGCCUCCUCCUCCCCGUCCUCGAGCGAGAAGUCGAGCAGGGAGUUCAACAACGGCCAGCUCGAGAAGAUCGUCGAGGAAUGCCUAGGCGAGGCCAACUGACCGUCCUCCGACCGACCUCGACGCCGCCUCCACAACUUUCUUUAAAUUAAUAAUUUAUUCUUCCCCGCGUGAUUCCUUGAUUCACGAACAAUUUUCUCUUUCGAAAAAAUUUUUCGUCGAAUUGCGAUAAAACGAGAUUUCGAACACCUUUCCUCGAUGAGUAAUCACAUUGUAGAGGGAGGGGAAGUGAUUUUUUUUUUUUUUUCUUUCGUUCUUUAAACAACGAUUAUUUU